AUGUCUCAUUUGGCCCCCACUUCUGACCAGCAGUCCACAUUUGGAAUCAGCAAGCAGCAGGAUGGGGCUGUGGAGAAUAACCAGAAUAAAGAUAAGACAACAGAACGCCUUGAGGAGGGAAGUGGCCAUGCACAGAGUCCCAGAACUACCAAGAAGCAAGAUGGGGCGGUUGCCAUGGAGAUGCAGCCACUGAAGAGCGCGGAGGGUGGGGAGAUGGAGGAACGAGAGAAGAAGAAAGCCAAUGGCCCUAAAAAAGAAAAGUCUGUGCUUCAGGGAAAACUCACGAAGCUGGCGGUGCAGAUUGGAAAAGCAGGUUUGGUGAUGUCCGCAUUCACUGUGGUCAUCCUGGUCGUCUACUUCGUGAUCCACAAUUUCGUCAUCGGUGGCCGGGCCUGGGUUUCCAGCUGCACCCCUGUCUACGUUCAAUACUUUGUGAAGUUCUUCAUAAUCGGCGUCACUGUCUUAGUGGUAGCUGUUCCUGAAGGGCUGCCACUUGCUGUUACCAUCUCCCUGGCAUAUUCUGUCAAGGUAAUGGACCACCGGCAACCCAACUGCCUCCUCUGA